GACAUCCCACGAUCACUAGCUAGAAUUCGAGCGGGGAAGUGACGCUUUCUUCCAAAGUCUUUCCCCAUCCGUAUCCGCCGGAACACACAACUUCGUGCAAUUGGAGUCCCUUGAUGUCAGUCAGCAGCAGUUUUGCCACCACCUCUCCUGAUUCUCUUCUCUGCUGCACUUGGCGACCAUAUCGGCCGUCAGGGAAAGAAAUGCCAACGGGAUGAGGGGAUCGUAGGCCAUGUAAAUACAAAAUGUAAAAUGUUUACGAGUUCAUCGACACAUUGAAGUGCAGUUCGCUUUUCGAUUGUCGCAGUUAUGGUUCCAAUCGAAUCCCGUCCGUGUGUUUUAUCCAGCACCGUCUCUAGCCUCGGGAAAAUGUACCCGACUAUUCUUGAUAGCAUUUUUUUCGCAAACAAAAGAAGACACCCGAAAAAACAAUAAAAGAGCACGACAGAAGGAUCGGUGAGUUUAUCUCUCCGUGUGUUAUCCAGGUGCCCCCGCCUCAUGGAGAAGGUUGGCAAGGUGUGGAGCAACCUUAAGAAGGGAUGUCAAUCUCUGCUCCACACAGAUGGGGGUUCUCGAAUUGAAACGCCACCACAGCUUCAACCGCAAACAGACACAGUAUGCCAGAGUGUGAACAAGGCCCAGGGAGACAACACACUGGAGGCUUCUAGUCCUUCUAGCAGUGUGGCGACACUCCCUCUAGUGGCAUGGAGGACCGGUGGGAGUGUGACACGACAUAACUGUGUAGUGGAUGCACCCCAGAUACUAGAGAUCACAGUCGAGCAGGAUACCGAAGAUGCUCGUGCUCCCUUGGGAGCCCGCAGAGACUCUUACUCACGUCAUGCACCUUGGAGUGGAAAGAAGAGACACUCUUGUUCCACUAAGGCUCAGAGUUCUCUGGAGACCACAGAUCGGCGAUCAGGCCGGUCUCGUCGCAGACAUGGGACUGGUAGCAGCCGUGAGGAGCUGGAGUCAGGGGGAACACGCUCCCUACGACAGCAGAUUCAUGAUACAGUGGGCCUGUGCCUCCCACUGCGCUCAUCCUCUCGGAACAGUCACCUUCCACCACCCAAACGUAAGAUACAAAUCACAGAGCUGAUGCUGGAGACGUGCCCCUUCGCACCAGGAUCAGACCUUGCCCGAAAAUGGCACCUCAUUAAACAGCACACAGCACCAGUCACAGUGACACCAGUAGAUUCAUCCUCAGAUGCUUCCGGUGCUACCUGUGCAUCGCCAGAAGAUGAGGAGGAGCGCUUGAGAGAGAGAAGACGACUCAGCAUCGAGGAGGGUGUUGACCCACCUCCAGAUGCCCAAAUCCACACAGUGGAGGCUAUCACAGCCCCUCUGGCUUCCCUUUAUAAACUGGGACCUAAGUUGGCCCCUGGAAUGGGUGAAGCCCAAGGUGAUAGUCUGGGGGCAACAGCAGCUAACUGUGACUCUGAGGAUGACGAUACCACCACUCUUUGCUUGCAAGCUCGCAGACCCAAGCAGCGACACGGUUCGGCGGAGGGCCACCUGAGCAGCAAGCAACAGGGGCCUUGGAAGGUACACACUCAGAUUGACUACAUCCACUGCUUGGUUCCAGAUCUGCUACAGAUCACAGCACUUUCCUGCUACUGGGGUGUGAUGGACCGUUAUGAGGCUGAAGCGCUGCUGGAUGGUCGCCCAGAGGGAACCUUUCUCCUGCGAGACUCGGCUCAAGAAGACUACCUGUUUUCUGUUAGCUUCCGCCGCUAUGGCCGUUCGCUGCAUGCACGCAUUGAGCAGUGGAAUCACAACUUCAGCUUUGAUGCACACGACCCUUGCGUGUUCCAUGCAGCCACCGUUACUGCACUCUUGGAACACUACAAGGACCCUAGCGCUUGCAUGUUCUUUGAACCGUUGCUCACUGUGCCUCUGCACCGGACUUUCCCAUUUGGCCUGCAAAGCCUGGCUCGAUCAGCCAUUUGCAAUGGGAUCACCUACGAUGGCAUCGGGGCACUGCCACUGCCCCCUGCUCUGCAGGAACACCUCAGGGAGUAUCACUAUAAGCAGAGGGUGCGCGUACGCUGGCUUGAGAGGGAGCCAGUCAAGGCCAAGUGAGGCAGGGGGAUUUGGAUGUUUGGGGUUGAAAGGAGGGACCUGAAACUGAACACUAUAUAAGCUUCUAUCAUUUUUUGUUAUCACUCUAACAAACAAAGAAAUUACAUAUAUAGUGGCUCUCCAGUGUGCACAUUUCACUACAGCUUCUGGACUAGGAAGAAGCAGCAGAGGUCUUAGUCUCCUUUUUCCUUCUCACUCAGUUCCCAUGGUUGUGGGGGAAACUGCAGAUACAGAUAUUUUCAUGCCCCUCCACUCUUUCACUGCUUGACUAUGUUGUUUAUAGCCAUUUCACUUUUUUUGUGUUGUACCAUUCAUCUGUUCUUAAUUCCCUUGCAUUAAAUAUGCAUUGUUAAUGUUUAUUCAAAGUAACAUUGCGGACGAAUUUUGAGGGGAGGGGAAAUGAAGGGGGAUGUUCAAAUUUUGCUUUCCCAGCUUCUUUCAUCAUCCUUAGCUUUCAUGGUGCUCUGCCAGUGGUUCCUAUGGUAACAUUCUGCGCUCAUUCCGUUGUUAAAGGAGGAGGCGUUCUAGAGCAGGACACAGAAAGGUUUUCACCCUGCUCAUUGAGAACGAGAUGGAGAAAUCCAUGAAAGAUGGAUUGACCUUAAACUUUGUGUCCAGACAGCUUUUGGGAAUGCGUUGCAGUGGAGAGAAGGGUUCUCAGGCGUUCUGCUUCUGGGAAGCGAUAAGGAUGAUGUGCACAACGUGACACGGUGUGAUGUGAGAGCGCUUGGUUUUCAAAAAACAUAGUUACCCACACUCUCCGUUCUGUUGCUGUCAAAAUGUUUUGUAAUCAUUAAUUCCUACCACUAAUUGCACAGGGGGGUGACUAAUUCUGUAUCGUCUUUUUUUUUAUUGUUUUGAAUGGUCUAUCAGUGCCCUGGAAGUUGGGCGCUGGUUGAGAGCACUUUAACUUAACUGUGCUUAUGUUAGUGGGUGAAGCAGAGGCAAUACAUAAACCUGCUAUACUGGGACCAUUGUUUUUAGGCAUAAACACCCUCCUAUAUAGGAAUAAACACUCUACGUUCACUUUGUCUAGCCCAUAUUGUUCUAGAAAGGUGACCCCGUCAGUGCCAUUGGAUUUGGGUCAAGCUGGCUUGUUUAGCUUGAGUUUGGGAUGAUUUAAUAAUUGAUUAAAGGGAUAGUUCACCCAAAAAUGAAAAUUCUGUCAUUGAUUACUCACCCUCAUGUCCUUCCAAACCCGUAAGGCCUCUGUUCAUCUUCAGAACACAGAUUAAGGUUUUUUUAUGAAAUCUGAGAGACUUCUGACCCAGCAUAGACCGCAACAAAACUACCACUUUCAAGGCCCAGAAAGGUAGUAACGACAUUAAAAUGGUCCAUUUGGCAACAUUGUCCCUACUACCUUUCUGGGUCUUGUGUUGCUGUCUAUGCAGGGUCAGAAAGCUCUCAGAUUUCAUCAAAAAUAUCUUAAUUUGUGUUCCGAAGAUGAACAAAGGUCUUACAGGUUUGAAACGACAUGAGGGUAAUUAAUGACAGAAUUUUCAUUUUUUGGUUGAACUAUCCCUGUAAUGAUCUGUAAUACAUUUAUCAGAUUCUUUUUUUUGAAAGCAAGAGUAUAAUCACAUUAUUGGCCCCUAUGCCAAGACCAGCUUCUUUAUCACUUUAGAAUCAGCCAUAUCCGCUCUUGAAUUUCUUUGACUAAAAUGAGAGAUUUCAAAUGCCACAAGGUGUUUUUGAUGAAUGCUUGAAAAAGGAAAAGACAGAUUACUAACUUUCGUGCCGUUUGCCCCAUCUGGUUAGUCUCAAAAAAGACUUGGAUCACUUUAGCAGUGUGCCUUCAUACAUCUAAAGCUUUUAGUUCAUCAUAUGGUGCAUUCAGUGGAUGUUACUAACAGUGGUCCAAUUGGAAAAAACAUGUUUUCCAAUGACUGUUUCUACACUGAGUGCCAAUGGCGCUGUGAGACAUCCUCUUCAUGGGCCUGGUGCUGAUGUGUGAUGUAUUUUGAGUACUGCUAGGGAUAUGACUAUUGAUUCCCGCAUCUUUCUGACUUAUUUUCAAUUGAUGAGAUCAGGUAGAACUGUCAAAUGCUCAGCUCAGGCUCACAACACCUGAACAGCAGUGUGGUACCGUGCAACUAUAACCAGCUUUGUGUGCUUGUGUGAGUGUGUUGCACUGCCCCUGACCUCCCUGUCAACCGCAAGAGACUUCUGCUGACAUGAAAAGUUUUGUUAUCCAUUCCUCCCAGGCAACACUAAUCCACAGUCUAUCCUGAUGCAUUUGAAGUCGUCUUCCUGCACGUUAUCCCGCUGAGUCUUUUUCCUUGCACAAGAAAGGAUGUCAGGGUCAUCCCGGGAAGAUUUCAAAGACCUGAGGAGAGAACUCUGGGGCGACGCUGACUCACCACUGUGUGGUUUGUUCUCCAUCACCUCCUCUCUUUCUGUAAGGUGUGGUACAAAUUAGUGCAAUUUAGACAGAGCUUUGGCCUAGAUGGAGGUUGUGAAGCAGGUUUCAGGUUGACAUGGCAUCUGAAGGGGCCAGCUGUCCUGCUAACCACUCACCUGUGAAAGUGUCAUGACUGGCUUCGCUCCAGACACUCCUCACUGCACUAACUCAUGAAACUUGACGUGUACCUACCUAUACCUGUGUGUACCAAUUUUCAUCAGGGGUGGAACAUUUGCUCAGUCAGAUGGGGCCAGAGAUGGGGUCCUGGUGCCUCUUCUCUCUCCCCCAUUUUUCCCUAGUUUUAUUAAAGACGUAAUGGAUUAAAAUAGAUAUCUAUCUAUCUAUAUAUAGAGAUUUUGAAAUGAAAUAUUUUUAAUAUUAGUAACUGUAAAGAAAUGCAAUAAUGUUCUUGGGCUUAGCUCUAAUGGUGACCCUUGUGAAAACUGAUGUGAAUUGUCUGGGAAGUCGAUCUCCUUUGAAAUUGCCUUCAGGUUAGGAUCAUGUUCACAUCAUGGGAAAAACGGACAUGGUGCAAUGUGUUAUAAAGGUAUGAGAGAGAUACUAUAGAUUAAUGUGACCAAAGGUUUAAGUUUGGUGAAAAAUUGUCAAUGCGAUAGCUUUUAGAUACCAUCCUCACAAAAUGAUUACAAAUAUGUUCCAAGAUAAACAUUUUCAAAGUUAAAAGGGCCUUGUUUAAGACCCCAAAGGUGCUAAUUGGCUAACUAUAUAGAUUUAUUAACUUUCAGAAGUGCCUAUUUAAAAAUUUUCUUACCCUUUUCUUAAGUCACUAGUCUGGAUAAUUUGCAUGUUGCAGCAAAUCAAAAUUCCCUGUUGUAGAAUCUACAACAAAAACAUAUGCAUUAGUUUUAUUUGUUUUUAUACAAGCGUGUAGUUGGGUUCCACAAGAAAGUUGAAAAUCUCUCAAAGAAUUAGCCUGCACAAAGCUUUUAAUCUCCAAUAUUUUAGUGCCCAGUUUCAGGUCUGGAUUUGCUAUCAGAACAAUGUAGUUAAAGAUGAUUAUUAAAUAUUUCUAGACCAUCAGGUGUAUGAUUGACUCAAGUGAUCAGUCAGCAUGGAUGGAGACUGUUGAAAAGUCGUGAUUCUCAGAUGUGAUACUAAGGCUUAGAUUGGCAGCGUGUGGCUUCACGAUAUAUGCCUAUCAGUAAGCUGGUGUAGCUGGAAUAUAUUUUAGAAAAUAACAAGACUAUGUUAAAAUAUUAGAGAGAAAAUUAUUUUGUGUGCAGAGCCUUGUACAUUACCAACAGGAAAGGUUUUCUGUUCAAUGUUAUUUGAUGUUCACAAACUAUAGGGAGGUUGUGUUUGACAAUGUUUAGACAGAAAUAAAAGACUGGCUGUCUGACUUGUAUUAAAUUCUGUUGAAUCUGUUUCAGAUUCACUACAUCACAAGCAUCAUUAUGGUAACUAUGUUACUGUAAAGCUUUAUAUGCAUAUUUGUUUUAGAGAAAGGGGCUGAAGGUGAAGUUUAGGACUGGGAUGAAUUUUGCGCCACCCAUGACCUGCCUCUGUAUUUCUGAUUGGACCCUUUGGACUAGCCCCUCAAAACACUUGCUGAAACAUGCACCAUGGAUUAUCUGGAGUGAUGUGCUUAUCACUGUCUCUCACCAUCUUUCAUGUUUCUAUUAUUAUUUUUUUUUAUACACUGCCCAAGGUUUUUACUGUACGAUGUAAUUACUUGCACUUGAUGCCCUUUCUCUUAUCUUUCCUUCAUUUUCUCUAAUGUACAGUUAAUGGUCCCUACUCCCAGGCUGUUACUAAGUUGCUCUGUUGUACUAUUUGGUUUGACUUUGGGUUACAGUUUGCUGUUUUUGGGGGGCAGAGGGUUGCAGCUCAGCAUGCCCCUCUUUCACCAGUACCUGUCACUCUUGGUGCUCUUGGCUUAUGCUUCAUUGUCUUAAUAUUCAAAAAUAAAAGUGUUGUAUGUGUAA